CAAUAGAAAAUAUUUUAAACCCAAAUUUUUCCUAUAGUCAUGUUAUUCAACUCUUAUUAUGAUUCUUCAUAUAGUGGUUCAGACUUACUUGAUGGUUAUCAAUACGAAUCUCCUGACCUACCGAUAUUUGAAUUUUAUGGUUCUCCAUAUGAUUCUUCUAAUCUAUUUUUUGAAGAUCAUGAUAUACUUAAUGAAACCCAAAUAGGAAAUGUAAGAAAAAUAGAUGUUUCAGUAAAUGAGGAUAUAAAUAGGUAUAAUUUUUCAGAAGAUGAAAAAAUAAAUAGCCGUCGGUAUGAUGUUUCAGAUGAUGAAGAUAGAAAUUUUAAUCAUCAAGAAUGGGAAUAUGAUGAUAGCGAGUAUGAGGAAGAAGAAAAUAUAUUAGAAUUAAAUCAAGGGAUGGAAUUUGAAAUAUGGGAACUUGCUGAAUCAUACCUUAAUGAAUAUGCAAAGCAACAGGGAUUUUCUUUUCGUAAAAAAAAACAUAUACUGGAUCCAACUGACAGUACAAUAACAAAACGUAGAAC